AUGAAAGCAGUUCGGGGAGAAAUAUGCCGUUAUGUCGCCUGCAAGUUCGAGUUGCGAGGGAGGUGCACCCGAAAGGGACCCCAGUCCCACCACGCGGGCUUCUUUGCGGUCAUCCCUAACGGUGACGAUGAUGGAUCGGUCCUUCUGCAUGACAAUUCUGGCGCCAUCACUGACGGAGACAGCGAUAGCAUCAGUGAUACCGAUACGUAUAAUAGUGUCAACCCCCACCCAGGCAUAAUUAUUGACUCAAACGCCAGCGAUAUAAACAUGGUCAUAAACAUUAGCAACACAAACAUGGACUUGGGUAUUAACAUCAACACCAAUACGAACGCUAGAAGCACUACAAGCAUUUAUAACGAAGCAUCGCCACAGAUCAUUACGAUCAGCGACGAUGAGGAUGAAGAUAUGAAGAGCUUCACUCAGGACAACUGCCCUCGGCCCGAAAAACCAGUCGCAGGCCCGGGAAAGACACUGGAAAGCCAAGGGAGUCCAGCUGUAUCGUUACGGUCCCACCGGCAACCCCGACCUCCAGCGCAGGGUGUGCCUGCCCCUGAGCAUAUCUCGCUUGGAAGUGAAAUUGCGCCACGACAGUAUAUCCAAUUCAUUGCGCAAAAGAACCAGCAGCUCAAGAACUUGCUGCUGCGGAAUCAACAGAACGCUCGCCUCCUCGGGCUGAGGGACCAAACGAUCCAGGAUCUGAUAUUUCGAAACAAUCAACAGGCCCAUGCCCUCGCAGUCAGGGACCGGCAGGUACAGGCGCUGUCACACGCACACCAGCAAGCCUGCCAGCUCGUCGCCCUGAGGGAUCAAGAGCUCAGAGCCAGGUCCGAGGAGAAGCAAGGCCUCGUGGGUGACUUCAUCCAGGUCAGAGACACCGCACACCAGGAUGCAGCGAAUCACCGGCUACUGGUCGAAAAGCUGAGGGAAGAGAUCAACGCACUGCGAAAGGAGAACAUGCAGCUAACCAACGUCGGCACCAGUUCCGGGGGUAGGGUGGGUUCCGAGGGGACGCUCACGCCGGCACGAGACGCCACAGGGAGGGAGUUGGCGAAAGGCGGCGGGGCGCUGGACUUGAUGCAAGUGGACCACGACGCAAGAAAGACGGCGGGCGGCUGUACAGACUCAACGCACUCGAAAUGA